CACCAGCCAAACACCUCCGCCCCUCUCUCUCUCUCUCUAGAAAAAAAAAUCUCUCCAGCCUCUCCCCUUCUUCUUCUUCGUGUUCUUCGCAGUGACAUCUCUUCGCUUCGCUGCUCACGCCCUUCCAGUCCCCCCCGUCUCCCCAUGGCCACCGUGCUCGAGUCCCUCGCCGUGCCCCGCUCCUCCGGCGUGCCUUCUCCCGCCUCUUUCUCUCCGGUCGCCUCCGCCUCCUCCCUCGCCCCCGCCGCCGGUCGCCGGAGGUCGGCCCGGUUCCCGCAGGCUAGCGGGUUGAGGAUCAGGCCGGUUUCGAUCGCUCGGUCGCUGAGAUCUCCGAGCCAGGGCCCGAGGCGUGCUCCAUCCGUUGUCUGCGAGGCUCAGGAUACUGCCGUUCAAGUGGCUGCUGUGACUGAUGCGACCUGGCAAUCACUUGUCUUGGAGUCUGAAUUUCCGGUACUGGUUGAGUUUUGGGCUCCAUGGUGUGGUCCCUGCAGAAUGAUCCACCCUGUCAUUGAUGAAUUGGCAAAGCAGUAUGCAGGGAAAUUGAAGUGCUACAAAGUUAACACUGAUGAGAGCCCUUCAAUUGCCACUCGAUAUGGCAUCCGAAGCAUACCGACUGUCAUGAUAUUUAAGAGUGGUGAGAAGAAAGAUGCUGUUAUUGGUGCCGUUCCCAAGUCCACAUUGACCACUAGCAUUGAGAAAUUCUUGUAAAGGUAGUAAGCAUGAGGUGCUCCUGCAGCAAUAAAGUUAAGCAUAACUUUUGUCAAAUCUGCCUUUUCUUUGUCUGAUGGCUGCUUUGUUCGACUUCUGUAUAGUGAAGUGGGACUGUAUUAUCUACUUGCUUAAUGUCAAUAUCAGCUGUAUAACAUCAUCAGGUGAAUUUGGUAUCCAUCUCUUCCGUUGCUCA